AUGCCUAAAGACAAUGUCUGUGUGUGGACUAUAUUGACAAGUUCUUACUGUCGCAGAUCUUCUGAUAUCGAAGAACUAAAUUCCCUCUCGACUGCCUUUGGUCUAAUCAAAGGCGAAAUACCCAGCACGGCUCCAACGGCCGCAAUAUUAGUUUCUGAUCAAGAUUACUCCGAACGUCCUAACCGGCACAUCAUCAACACCACACCACCUCCUUUUGCUGCAAUUUAA